UCGGACGCCCCGCCCGCGUCCCGCCCCUCCGUCCCGUCCCCGUUCCCCGUCCCUGAUUCACGAACGAUGGCAGCUGGCACUACAGACAUCAGCCCCAAUGACGUUUUGUCAGCAGAAAAUCUACAAAAAUGUUUCGACAACUACUUGCUGGUGGACGUUGGGGCUGGUCUCACGAACAAGAAGUUUAGUAAAGAUCUCGACUCGGUGAUUCAACGAGCAAAGGACGCUGGACUGACAAAGAUUCUAGUCACUGGAUCAUCUCUUAGAACAAGUAAGGAAGCUUUACGACUGACAAGAAUUUACCCUGGAACCAUCUAUUCUUCAACAGGUGUGCACCCUCAUGAUGCUAAAUCAUGGGAGACUGGCUACCUUGCAGAUUUACGUGAAAUUGCAAUGAAUCCUGAGUGUGUUGCUAUUGGAGAAUGUGGCCUAGACUACAGCAAAGAUUUCUCUUCUCCUGAAGUACAAAGAGAAGUGUUUGAAAAACAAAUUCAACUUGCCUGUGACUUAAAGAAACCGCUUAUUUUACGAGAACGGGGAGCUCAUGCUGAUUUCCUAUCUGUGAUUGAUAAAUAUAUGUCAAAUCUUCCAGUUUGUGUUUUGCGAGGUUUUUCUGGCUCACAGAAAGAGGCAGAAAGCUUCCUAAAUAGAGGAUUUUAUUUUACCUUGUCAGGCAGUCUUUGCAAGGAUAAAUCUGAUGAUGGAAUGCGCCGCCUACUAGAACAAGACAUUCUCACAAUGGAUAAGAUUCUGGUUGAGACAGAUUCACCUUUCAUGUUCCCUAAUAUACGUGCCUCCAAACUUCCACCUGCAGUCAAGGAAUCUCUUACUGAAAGGUCAUUGCUGUUUCUGAAUCGUUACUGUACCUUUCAACGAAAUGAGCCAUGCUCCUUACCAGCAAUUGUUGAAAUGAUUUCUGUUCUUAUCAAGAAAAAACCAGAAGAAGUAGCAUUUGCUACAGCUUUCAGUGCAUUGAAAGUUUUUGGACUCUCUCAAUAACUGUCCACAUUUCCUGUUGCAAUUGGGCUGUGAAAGGAUCAUCUAGAAAACAGGCUAUCUAUUUAUCUAGUUUUCUACACUAUUUUUUGAAUGAAAUUUUAAAGUUGAAGAUCCAGGGUAGGUUUCAUUAAUAAUAUCAAAAAUAUACAUUUCUGUACUGUAACAUUUCUUGAAAACGGUUGGCAGUAACUGUAUCAUGACUACUCAUCAGAUUGUUUUAAUUAAACUGCUCUGAAAUUUAA